CCGGAAGUCGUCAUUGCUGGCAGACCAGUAUUCCCGCGAAGAUUGAGACCUCUCAGGAGGUGGAUUGCUGUUUAUUUCAGUCUAGAGUCACAGCAGCAUGAGCAAGAGGAAGAUCAAGGCUGUCCAUCUGCCAGUGGGAGAAUGCAUCGCACAGGUGCAGGAGAUGUUGAGGGAGCGGCUCUGCCAUCAGCAGCUCCCUGACAGGCCGGAGGGAGUGGAGGCUCAACACAAACACCUCCUGGAGCUGCUGAAGCGGACAGCCGUCCACGGGGAGAGUAACUCGGUGCUGAUCGUGGGUCCCAGGGGAGCGGGGAAGACAAUGCUGCUCCAGUGUGUGCUCAGAGACCUGCUGGGGGAACAGGAAGUGCAGAAGAACCUGCUCCAGGUUCACCUCAACGGUCUCCUGCAGACGGACGACAGAAUAGCGCUGAAAGAAAUAACGCGGCAGCUCCACCUGGAAAACGUCGUCGGUGACAAAGUGUUUGGAAGCUUUGCAGAGAAUCUGGCUUUCUUGCUGGAGGCGCUGAAGAAAGGUGAUCGCAGCAGCAGCCGCUCCGUGUUGUUCGUCCUGGAUGAGUUCGAUCUGUUCGCCCACCACAAGAACCAGACUCUUCUCUACAACCUGUUUGACGUCUCCCAGUCCGCCCAGGCUCCCAUCGCUGUGGUCGGCGUCACCUGCAGACUGGAUGUCCUGGAGCUGCUGGAGAAGCGGGUUAAGUCGAGGUUUUCCCACCGUCAGAUCCACCUGCUCAGCAACCCGACGUUCACUGAGUACGUGGAGCGGGUCCAGACACAGCUCAGCCUGCCGGACGACUUCCCCGACAGCAAGUUCGCUCAGGAGUGGAACGCCAGCGUACAGACGCUGUGUGGGGACAAAUCAGUGGAGGAAGUCUUACAGAGACACUUCAACUCCAGCAAAGACUUCCGCUCACUGCACAUGCUGCUGAUGUUGUGUCUGAGCCGUGUGUCUGUGGCCAAACCAGCCAUCAGACCUGCAGACCUGCUGGACGCCAGCAGACUGUGCUUCGCAGACGCCAAGGCGAACAUGCUGCACGGUCUGUCCAUCUUGGAGCUGUGCCUGAUCAUCGCCAUGAAACACCUCAACGACGUCUACGAAGGAGAGCCGUUCAAUAUGCAAAUGGUUCACAACGAGUUUAAGAAGUUCCUGCAGAGGAAGUCAAACUCCAUGUACAACUUUGAGCAGCCUGUCAUCAUGAAGGCCUUCGAGCACCUGCAGCAGCUGGAGCUGAUCCGGCCCGUCGACAGCUCGUCGGCCAAAACUCAGAGGGAGUACCAGCUGAUGAGACUCAUGCUGGACAACAGUCAGAUCAUGGAGGCCCUGCAGAAGUACCCACAAUGCCCCACAGACGUCAAGCAGUGGGCCAUGUCGGCGUUUGGUUAGGACUUCUGCAAGAAAAUCAGCUGCACUGCUGGAGAAAGUUUGUCUCACAUAAAGAUACUGAACUGGACAACAGAUCGAGCGUUUGUGAGCUGAACCGGGGAGAAAACAUGGCUGCCAGCAGUGCCUGCUUCAUGUCAGGAUUCAUUUUCAUGUGCUCGGAUUAUCAAAUUUGUUCCAGAGCUGAGUUUUGACAUCGUUUGUAAAUGAUCAGUUUUCAGGAAAUAAAAGAAAUGGUGGGUUUUGUAUCUCUGGGGUCACAUUUUUCAUGUAAAAUUAUGCAUUCACUAAAAUAAAUGACUUCUUUA